GCGUUUCUGGCCCUGCCGGUGUCUCCGCCGGUUGAAAGCGCGUGUCUGCGUCAGGUUCUGUUGGAGUGCGUUCGGUGCGCCGUGGGUCCGCGCUGCUUCCACCCAACUUCCUGUUAGAGUUUCUCUUCUGUCACAAUGGCAUGAUCUCGGCUCACUGCGACCUCUGCUUCCUGGGUUCAAGGAUUCUCCUGCCUCAGCCUCCCAAGUAGCUGGGAUUACAGGAAUCUCACCAGUGACACGCGUUUGUGAAAAGCUGUGAAUAUUCAGUGCCACAGGGUUAAACCUCGGUACAGAAGCGAGACCCUGCUGGGCAGAGAAAGGGUGACCUGGAAGGUGUGUGAGGGCCCCGCCCAUGGGCCCCUGUGAUGGUCAUGGCCUCAAGAAUCACAGUCCAGGUGAGGCCCUGAAUCUCCACAGCCAGGACCAGUUGCCUCUGCACUUGGGUGCCGAGGCCAGCAUCAGCCAGGAGAGGCCUGCAGAAUCAGCCUGUGCACCUCUCUGACGAUAAGCAGAGAUGCUGGUUUAGAGACUUGCUACUCACGGGGCAGUCCUCGGGCCUCCUGUACUCACAUUACCUGGAACUUCUUGGAAAUUCAGAAUCUCAGGCCCCAACCCAGACGGACUGAAUCAAAAUCUUCACUGUGGUAAGACCCUUGGUGACACACAGGCCUGGGAAGCACAGGUUAGCGUGUCACCUUGGGCAAAGCUCUCAGCAUUGUGAGCCUCUGUUUUCUACUCUGUAAAGGAGGCAUCAAUAUCUACAUCAUAAGUUUGCCAUGAGUAUUGAAAAAUAAUGUCUUAGAAGCACAGGGCAGAGCCUGGCAUGUAGUUUGUGCUCAGUGCACAGCAGACAAGAAACCACAUGCACCAGACCCGGGCGGCCGUCGGCAGCCCACGCUGAGCAACCAUGGGUGGCCCUCUUGUCUCUCGGGACAAGAAAUGCUUCUUUAGAAAUGCUUCUUUCCUUUCUAAAAUGAAAGUUUUGGACAGUAUUUCCUUUCACUUAAAAAUUUCAUCUGUGUAUUUGAUGGCCUCUGUCGUUUCUUUCCUGAAACUCCUGCUAACAUACUGGGAGCUGAAGAAGGGCUCUGUGAAGGCGAGUAGGGGUGCCUAUACCUCCCAGGGAGGAGCUUCCCUCCUCUCACCUGCUGCACGAGCCCUAGUGCUUCACCAACUCCAGCCUCAGUGCCCUGACACUGGGGGAGGGAAAGGAAGCGCACGCACCAGCCGUUUCACCCACCGAAGGUGUUUGGUCCCAGUCUGCAAAAUCAGUUAAAUGUCUUCCUGCCUGGCAGCAGAUCAAAGGGUGAGGGGUCUGGGACAGACAGAGACGGCUAGAGAAUGGAUGGUGAAGUGCUCAGAGGCCCUGUGGGCUAUCCCACACUCGGCGGAAGACAGCAACACCAUCAAAUCUCCACCCUUUGUUAUCCAUGACUUAAAGAAAAGUGAACAGGGAGGUGGACAACUGUGCAAAGACUGGCUGGAGUCAAAUCCUGGGCAUAGGUGAAGCAUCGAGAAUGCUUGUCACACGUUUGAAUGUGCAGGGGGACUCUGACUGGAAGCUCCUAGCAGAGGCUGAAGACACUGGUUAGGUCCUGGUGCGUGCCUUGGGAUGCAUCCCAGGCAAUGGGCCCAGGAGCUUGAGGUCAUGUGCACCUGGCUCACCAGGGAGUCCUGCACCAUUCUUCAAACCUAACUGGAAGAGACACUGAUCCUUCCUCCCACCUAAGGGCUCCCAGAGCCACAGGUCUCCGUCUCUCCUGCAACACCUCCUGCUGCCUGUUCCCACCGCCCAUGAUUCACUCAGUCACCAUCCUCAGCAGCACCCGACAGCCUCUGUGUGUCUGUGUCACUCACCAUUACCAGCCCCCCGGGUGCCCAAUGCAUGUAUGUUAGACAGAACAAAUGCACGGCGGCCUUCAUCAGCACCGACCGCGUCGACCCCUCUCUGUGCUCACGCCAGGAGUGAUCAGCGCACACGCCCUCCCACAGGAUGGGAGAAGGUGAUAACACAGCUGAGCUGGGUGUCCAGAAGCCAGCCCCACCCCAGAGCCACUACUGAGAGGUUAUGAGAUCAUGGCCUUAUCCCGAGUAAUGCUGCUGCAGUGAACUGGGACUUUUUUCCUCUGAAUUCAAAGGUGGGGCAGUCUAGGCACCUGGAUGCACCAUCUGCUCUGUCCCCACCCGGUGGCUGCUCACUGUGGGAUGCUGUGCGAUUAGACAGUUACUAUCUUUCCCUGGUUGACGGAUUAGAGUUUCCCUUUUCUGAGCAUCUUGUUUUGAAGUGAUCCGAAGUGUUUAGGGUUAAAGAGCGUGAUUUUCCCAAACUGUCCAAAGAAAUAGAAGCAGGUCUGCAAGAGGGGGGUGCCCAGAGCCUUGAGAUGGAAGCGAGAUGGGGUGAUACCUGGGGAGCUCUCCAGGCCGCCGGGAAGCUGCACGUCAUCCUCUGGACCUCUUUGCUGACUGUGUGCUGUCACCACAGCAGCCGCCUUCUCUCAUCUGUAAACAGGAUUUUACGUAACUUUCCAUACACUUGGUUGUUGACAAUUAAGUAGAUUGUUUUUAAAGAUACUUGAAAUGAUAUCAGAAUUUCCUAAAUAUAUCAUUAAAACAGGAAACUUAGUUACCUACGCACUCGAAUCACUGGAGAAUACCAAAUAGGAAUAGGAAAAUAACACACCGGUAAGAAAAAUGUCCAAGGCCAAUCACAGGAGUCAAAGCUCGUGAUCAAAUCAGCUCUGCCUGGGGAGGCCGUGCUCGUGGCACCAUUUAGUGACAAGUGGGUGACUCUGGGGUGAGUUCCAGGGGAGUCACCCCCAAGGCAGCAGCUCAGGUGCAACCACCAUGGAGGCAGUUUCACUGAGGGGCCCUCUGAGGCCCCUACUCUGAGAUUCUAAGACAGGGUUUGAAGAAUGUUCCAGCAUUUGAACAAAUGAACCCUGUGAUGGUCUGCUGUGGGAGAGAACAAUGUCCCAAUUUUGCCCAGUUUCCAUCAUUAUCUUCUAUGGAGUUCUUCAUUCCCACAUCUGCGGCCCUUAAAAUCCUACGGUUGAGUGCCUGCCUUGGAUCAGCAGUCAGUUCGUUACCUUGGUUCUCAGACGAUGCUUGCAACAACACCAUGCGAUUCGCCCACUCUUGGGUAGGUGGAGACAUUGGGGCUCAGGUGUGGAUAAGUGAUUGUGUGACUCCUUGUUAAGCGGCAGAACCGGGACUCAAAUUCACACAGAUCUGAUUCCAAACCCUGUGGCCCUAAGCACAGUGUUAUUAGACAAUAAGCCCUCUGCAGGGAGAUUUCCAGUGCUGAUGGCAGGGUCUGUCAUGAAGGAGGACUCUGCUGAAUUUUUCUUUGAACCCCAGGAAGUGCCUGGCACAGUUCUCUGAAGAAAUUAGAAUGUAGCUAGUGGUUACUAAAGAAAUGAAUAAGUCAAGUAAAUGGACAGAGCUGUGUGCUAAGAGUUCUUUUGGGACUACAGAAAUGGGUCAGAAUUGGAAAUGUCCAGAAAAUACUCUUGGAUAAUUAUGAAAGCUACAUAUAGGAGCUCAGGUUUAACUCCAUAUGAAAUGAAGAGUCACAAAAGAAAAGGAGGAGGAGCGUGUUCAGGCAGAACCUCAAGCUUGAGAGUGCUAUGAAAUAUGUUUGAGACUCAGAAAAUAGUUCCUGAAAGAAAUGACACAUUAAUGAAUGAAGGUAUAGUUAUUUGGAGAAAAUGAACCUAGAUAUAAGAGGAACCAUAUCAAAAUGUGUUUCUUAAACUGCGGUCUUCAGAACCUAUGAGGUUCGUUGGUAUAUUCUUGGGAACUAUGUGUGUUUGAGAAACAUAUUUCUGGUGCCAAACUGACAGUCACCUCAAAUCCAUCGCAGCACUUAUGAUGAAUUCUUUUCAAGUUAAAUGCUAUAAAGAAAAUACUCCUCUUUUUUACUGUUAAUUCACAAUUUAAAAGUGUUUUCUUACUGAACUACAUGUUGGUCCCUCAGAUAAGGAUUUCUUGAGUCUCAGGUCUUUGGGGUCUUUGAGGAGUGUGACUUCUCAAAUUGGAUGACACUGAUCUAACUGGCUGUAGUAUCCAUUCAAGCAUGAGGGAGGUCAGAGCCUGGGAAAGCUCAGGUCCAAACAGCUCUUGAAAGAGGACGUUGCAGGGCAGGCUGCUUUGCACAAAGGGACCUGUAGACACUGAGAACAUCGGUAUACCAGGAACCAGCCCACCCUUUCACUCUGCCAGACACGAGGCUGUGGGUUACCCAUCUUUCCCUGUCUCCUGAACUCAUAGCAAAAACAAAAAACUUCACUUGUUUGUUAACACAUAUAGUUCAAGACGGAAAGGCUUACACUGAAGCAGAAAGGAUUGAGGUUUAUCAGCAUCUUCGCUUUGAGGCCUCAUAAUGUACUUCCCAUGGACUAAAGUUGUUCACUUUCUUUAGAGGAUAUUAGCUAAAGAUGUGGUAAAACCACGUUUUUGCAGAAAAGUGAAUAUUCAAAAACAAAUGUAUAUGGUGAUUAUUUAAUAGUUUUCACUCCACUUCGCAACUCAACUUUUGGUUGAUGCAAGAGGGAUGCAAAGGGAGAAUUGUGCUUAUAAUUCCAGCAUUGUGGUGGAAUAAAAGAGCACAGCAUUGCAGCUGUUGAAUAUAGUUUUUUUCUUUUUAUAGGCAGUUUUAAGAAGAAUACAUUGAUUCUACAACAUGCUAUUGUGAAGCCAUUCAGGAGUGUUCACUCACUUAUUUAAGAACGGUAUAUUUUCCACUUGGGGUGUGAGAAAAAGUGUGGUGUUCACUCAUUGUUCUUCCUAUCUGGCUUUUAUUUUUAUUACUUUUAGAGAAAAGAGAAGUAUCCCUGCAGGGUGAAAUAUCCUCAAAUAUGAAAAUGUCUGCCCUCUGAAGACCAACUGUCUUAGUCUGCUUUUUGCUGCUGUAACAGAAUACCACAGACUUGGUUACAUUAGUUAUAAUAUACACUCUGGAGGUGACUUGACUUGUCAUUGUGAACAACUAUUGCUCUUGGACGACCCAGGACAUAGGCCAGCCAGUACGUACCCCAGUGUGUUGGAGAAUCGCGCUCGGCUUCUUCCUCUGUGCUGAGUCAUGAAAGUUGCCGGAGCAGGUGCAGUUACACAACCUCCAGACAACAUCACAUGAUCGUUCAAAAAAUAAUCAUCAAGUCCAGGAUGCAGCAUCUGUCUCAGUUUUUGGCGUAGGAUGACAGUCUGAAAUACACUUACUGAAUUUGAAUAAGAACGGGCUCAGGUAUGAUCCUGUUUAAGGACUGGAUUUAGGAUAACUACUUAGAGGUUAAAAGUCACAAGGGUGUAUGGAUGAGGCUGGAGUGAUCUGGGACCAAAGACAUCUAGGCUUGCUGUCAAAGCUUCUGUUCAACAUGAGAUGACCGCCGUGUAGUAAACUGAUGAACCCCGACCCUGAUCAACGUCAGAUGAAUGCCGUGUGGUAAACUGAUGAACCCCGACCCUGAUCAACGUGAGAUGAACGCCGUGUGGUAAACUGAUGAACCCCGACGCUGAUGAACGUGAGAUGAACGCCAUGUGGUAAACUGAUGAACCCCAACCCUGAUGAACAUGAGAUGAACGCCGUGUGGUAAACUGAUGAACCCCGACCCUGAUGAAUGUGAGAUGACCGCUGUGUGGUAAACUGAUGAACCCCGACCCUGAUCAACAUGAGAUGACCGCUGUGUAGUAAACUGAUGAACCCUGACCCAUUAGGCUUUGGCUACAGAAUGUGGAAAUAAGUUGUGUUACUACAUGUGUGUAAUCCUAGGGUGCAGGACACUGGCCGGGAGGUUCCAUAGAGUGAUGGGUUGUGCAGGUAACUCAUCCUCUAGUCCUCUGUAAGCUCCUAGAAGGAAGAAAUUAUGUCCUUUAGACUAAUAAAAUUCCUCCAAACCAAAUACAGCACCUACUGUGAAGACACAAAGAUACUUUUAGAAUAGUAAAAACUUUAUCCAUUGAGAAAUUCCUUAAUGAAACAGUAUCCAAGAAGUCAUUUGCCAGCAGAUUUCUUAGAGGUGCGAUAAAGAAGAGGACAUUGCCAGUCGUCACAGCAGCUGCAAUAGCUCCUCUCUAUUGUUAAACAGUGGCAUAUCUUGUACAGGUUUUCAGUUGACAAUCAAUUUUAAAAAUUAGUUUCGGUCCCAUCAAUCAAUUAUUUAUUAACCCAUCAAUAAAAAUUUAAAUGCUCUGUGAGGUACAAUAGCUAUUAAAAGAGACAGAGGCACUUUCUGUGUCCAGAGGGGCUUUUAGUCUGCUCUGGAAAGCAAGAUGUAUGCAGAUGAGUGACGCAGUGCAUCGUGUGGAUGCAAAGGGAGGGACUCACAUGGGAACCAGAGGAGCUACGAAGGGAGGCAGCGGGGACUGGUGGGUCGAGACCUGGAAAUAACACAUGAAUAGGCAACAAAGGUUUCCGUUCCUCUUCCAUGCACUUCAGUCCUUGAAAAACGUCUCACCACGGAAUUCCACAGCGUACCAAGCGAUUCCACAGCUUGAUGGCACACUCUCCUUUCUCAGCAUUCUUGAAAAUGGCAUGUGAGCCAAGCCAUCUUACUGAGAAAUUACCUUAAACCAUUUGAUGAACCAAAAAUAUUUUGUAAUACCCAUCUCUGACAUUAGGUAGGCAAAUCACACAGAAACACCGAGGUCUUCUGAGUCAUAUUUAUCUGAAAAAUCACAGCUUGGGUGCAUGUGAAGCCAGAGGAGCACUCCUGGGGCCUGCGGUGCCAUCGCUCAACUCCCCUGGGCUUCACAUGGCCAUGGAGCACCCAGCAAGUGCAGGCUCUGAGCCUUCAGGGAGGGGCGGCAUCAGCCAGCACCAUCGUCUCCUGGGUCUUGUGCCUCUUCCUUGGUUGCGGUGUCAGGGCCAGAAUUGGGCAAUUCCGGGUGACAUCCAGGUGUGGCUGCUGACACGGAGCACAGGUGAGGUUCACUGAGGUAAGUGGGCCAUGGCCUUGGGCUUCUAGUGCAGAGCACACCAUCCACUCAGCAUGUGAACCCAGCUCCAAAGCAUAUGUGUGCAUGUGUGUACCUGUGCACAUUGUGCAUGUCUCUGUGUAUGCAUGUGCUUUGAUGCAUGUUGAUGUACGGGUGUAUCUGUGUAUUGUGUAUGCACACAUACGAGCAUAUGUUUGUGUACAUGAAUUUGUAUUGCACAUGUGUUUAAUGCGAACACGUAUGUGUUGUCAUGUGUAUGUGUUAACAUGCAUGUGUGUCUGUGUGUACUGUGUGCAACAAUGUGUGCAUGUGUGUAUAUGUGGGUUUAUGUUUGUACAGUGUGUGUAGUGUGUGUACACAUAUACACCUGUGUGCAUGUGUACAUGGCAUUUAAGCAUGUUUGCACAUGUGUUUGUGCUUGCAUGUGCUGUGUGUUUGUGUUGGUGGGAUGUGGGGAGGCUGCUGUGGAGACAAAAGCUGGAGAGAACUUGGUAGAGUAACCCAGGUCGGGAAAUGGCACCUGCAAAGGAAGGCUGGAGUGCCUGGGAUUCACGUUGAAAUGGCCAGUCCAUCAGCUGGGCUGGACACAGCCAUCACGCUGGGCAGCCGUGAGGUUAAAACAGAAAGUCUGGGCUGUGGGGAGGCUGAGAAUUGAGAUGCAUGUAUGAGAUGAGUCACGAGGGCCAAGUGGUGUGUGUGAGAAAGCAGGCACAGCACCACUAAACACUAAGGAGAUUUCAGGGGAGUUACGGGUGGAGGGAGGACAUCAGAUCUACCCUGGAAGUUAAACGUGUUUCGAGUGCAUUAAAUACUAUGGGCCGCAGACGCCUUGUCUCCAUAUCUACUCUUUUAUAAAUGAAGUAAAGUUCUUGGGAAAUACUUUUCUCACUGUAAAACUCACAAUCUAUCUUGCAAAAAAUAUUUUAAAUUCCAUCUCAAAUAAGCCAGGGUGAAAAGGAAGCCUGUGCACCGGACACUGCCAGCCUUGCCUGGCUCUCGCCUUCUUGCUCUUUCUUCCCCACCUGCUGGGGAUUUUCUUAACGAUGGAGAUGGGUUUGGGUUUGUCCUGCUGUGCUCUGCUCCCCAUUCCCGGAUCCAAGGUCCUGCCUCCGUCCUGUCCCCUGAGCCACCUCAGGGAUGCAGGGUCACCCACCUGGUCAAGUGCCCAGUGCUGUGUUGUCAUUUGCAAGUUCUUCCUGUGACUGAACUCCAAAUGGCACUGGGACUGCUGACUCCACCCACUGGACAACCCAUGUUCUUGCUUUUGGGGUUUCUGAAACAGCCCCAAGACUCUGGGCAUCUUGAUUUUGCUCCCAUUGCUUCUCAGGACGCCCUGCUCCUGUGGUUUGCAGCCCCGGCCUUCUCUUCGAGGACGCCUCUGCUCUUCUGCCUCACAUUCGGAUUGGACCUUCUUCAGCACAGCCAGUGGCCAAGGCUUCCUCCCUGGGGCUCAGUGGAGCAGGACAGAUGCUGCAUCCAAACUCUUCCAUUGGGUUCCAGUCUGUUCCAGUCAUGCCCUUGAGCCUCUAAAGCUCCUAGUUCCAUAGACCACAGGAAACGCAGGCGAGAGGGCAGCCCGGCGGGAAGGAAGGAAGAGGGUGGUGUUGAGCCAGACAGGAGACAGUAAGAGAAAUGGCCUCUCUCCUCAGUGGCACAAUGGACUUUAGACAUCGCGCCUGUUUUGUACUCUCCAAGCCGGACUUCUCUACUCGCCGGCCUGGCGCUGAUGCCCAGAGGCCCCCUGUGCUUGUGAUCGUGGCCUUAGACAGUUCCCUGCCCUUCGUUCCAGCCCCGCCACACAGUCUGCACAGCCUCCACCACAGCUCUGGUGAGCCUCUUGGCCAGCUCCUGGUGACAGCGUGCACCUCCCUGCUCUGAGAAGGUCUCCCUCUCCUCUCUGCCCACCCUGUACAGAGACAUCUUUCAAGACCGUCCCAGAGGAGAGUGGCCUCUCUCCUCCACCCCAAGAGGAUGGCCUCUCAUGUGGCUGUCACCCAUCUGACCCCUACCACAGACCUGAGGGGGAAGCUGCUGUCCUGUAACUCUGGAGAAGGGGGUUUCAUUUGCUCCACCUGCAGUGAGGACUGUUAGCCCAUCUCAGGUUUGACUCCUCACUUAAUUCCUAACAGGGGAAGCUGCUGUCCUGUAACUCUGGAGAAGGGGGUUUCAUUUGCUCCACCUGCAGUGAGGUCUGUUAGCCCAUCUCAGGUUUGACUCCUGACUUAAUUCCUAACAGGGGAAGCUGCUGUCCUGUAACUCUGGGGGAGGGGGUUUCAUUUGCUCCACCUGCAGUGAGGUUAGCCCAUCUCAGGUUUGACUCCUGACUUAAUUUCUAACAGGGGAAGCUGCUGUCCUGUAACUCUGGGGGAGGGGGUUUCAUUUGCUCCACCUGCAGCGAGGUUAGCCAGUCUCAGGUUUGACUCCUGACUUAAUUUCUAACAGGGGAAGCUGCUGUCCUGUAACUCCGGGGGAGGGGGUUUCAUUUGCUCCACCUGCAGGGCGAAUGGUGCUCUCACCUCACACGUGACACUUGGUCCUUUCUGCAUUAUGGUGGAGACCACGGAUGACCGUAUACCUGGCCAUCGAGUGACUGGCUGUACUGUCUUACAGGUCAGUGUGGGGCCAGAAAAAACUGGGCCAAGGGGCACUACACAGAAGGCGCGGAGCUGAUGGAGUCAGUGAUGGUCGUUGUCAGAAAGGAGGCUGAGAGCUGUAACUGCCUGCAGGGUUUCCAGCUGACCCACUCCCUGGGUCGGGGGACUGCGUCUGGGAUGGGUACCCUUCUCAUUAGUAAGAUCCGGGAGGAGUACCCAGACAGGAUCAUAAGCACAUUCAGCGUCCUGCCCUCCCCCAAGGUAUCAGACACCGUGGGGGAGCCCUACAACACCACCCUCUCAGUCCGCCAGCUCAUAGAAAACGUGGAUGAGACCUUUUGCAUAGAUAACGAAGCGCUAUAUGACAUAUGUUCCACGACCCUAAAACUGCCCACACCCACCUAUGGUGACCUGAACUACCUGGUGUCUGCUACCAUGAGUGGGGUCACCAUGUGCCUGCGCUUCCCAGGCCAGCUGAACGCUGACCUGCGGAAGCUGGCCAUGAACAUGGCCCCAUUUCCCCAGCUACAUUUCUUCAUGCCCGGCUUUGCCCCACUGACCAGCCGGGGCAGCCAGCAGUACCGGGCCUUAACCGUGGCUGAGCUUACCCAGCAAAUGUUUGAUGCUAAGAACAUGAUGGCUGCCUGUGACCCCCGUCACGGCCGCUACCUAAUGGCGGCUGCCAUUUUCAGGGGUCGCAUGCCCAUGAGGGAGGUGGAUGAACAAAUAUUCAACAUUCAAAAUAAGAACAGCAGCUACUUUGCUGACUGGCUCCCCAACAACUUAAAAACUGCCGUCUGUGACAUCCCACCCCGGGGGCCAUAGAUUAGGUCCUGGGGGCCAUAGAUGGCGGUUGCUGGGCCUGUGUGCUUGGGGCAGUCUCUCCAAAGGCACAGAUGGGGUUUCUGAACAGGACCUGGGGAGACAGGCAGGUGCUCACAAGUGCUGCUUCCCCCAACUGGCAACAAGUGAGGAAAAACGCCCAAGUGGAGGUCUGACCUGCCCCACUCUGAAAGGCUGAUGCUCUCUGGAAAGGUGGUGAUGUGCAGUGUCUGCUGUCUCCCUGUCCCCGACUCCAAAACUUCAGGGAAAAGAUAAUCCAAGAUUGUCAGGAUGAGCCUGGUGAGGGUGGCACCUUUGGGGAUAGGCCCUUCAGCCUGGCAGAGUCUCCUCCCCAGGCUUCUUGGGGAGCCUGGACUGCAAAGCCUGCUUUGGGGAAGCUGUCAAAUAAGAGGUGUGUGUGUGAGCUGGGUGCUGGGCAACAAGCACAGACAGUGUUCUUCUCCCUGGCUCUUGUAGAACUUGUCCAUGGCCUGUGUGAUGACCUCUUGGUAAUUCCCACCCUACCCCCAUCACACAGAUAAGAUGAAGCCAGCAUAGCCUGGGUGUGGGCAGAUGUACAGGGUCUACUCCAGGUCCCCUGGGAAUGCCCACCUGCCUCCGACAUGUCCGGGAAAGCAGGUAGAAAUAUCGUUUGACUUCUGUUUUGCUGACAAGAAAUGUGGUCCUGAGCAAGGCUCCCUGGGACAAUGACCUCACACAUGGAAAACGCUGGAGCCCAUCUGUUUCCAAUCUGCUGUCUUCCAAAAAUUAGGGAACUUCAGUUUUCCCUUUGAUACUCUCUGUUUCUACCAACCCCAACGCCAGGGCUGUCCUGCUUCUACAAGUGACAAUGACAAAUAUAGGCCUGAAGGAAGAUGAGCUGAUGGCAUUCCCAGCUUACUACCACUCCUUGGGUGCCUUAUCUCACAUACGUGGAUUCAAUUCAUAGACUCAGGGCUGCUGUGGUUUUCUGGGGGUCGACUCUGGACCCUAGUCACCUCAGUCUCUCCUGCACCUGGAGGUAUCACCGGUGAAGGCUGCAAAACAGCAAAGAUGGCAGCCUGAUCCUUCCUCUGGGAGCGCACCAUCCAAGUGGGUACCGACUUGACGUCAGCUGGAACGCUCCUGUAGGAGGUGUCUGGAGACCCUGGUGGGAGGCCUCACCCAGUCAGGGGAAACAAGAUCAGGAACUGCUUGAAGCAGUCUGGCUGCCCUUUGGCAGAGCAGGUGUGCUGUGCUGUGCUGAUCCCCAGGAGUCUCCAGAGCCAGCAGGCUGGAAAGGCUCAGCCGGCUGAACUGAGGAGAUAGCAGCCACCCCUCUCCCUGGAGACUUCAUCCCAGGGAGAAAUCAGAGUUCUGUCCAUAGAACUCUGGCUGGAGUUGCUAAAAUUCCAAUGGGGAGGCCCUGUCCAGUGAGGAGGGAUGGAUUUUGGUCUCACUUAAAGAAGCAGCCUGGCCACAAUCAGGCACAGCAGCUGUGCUGUGUUAUGGGGAACUCCUCCUGGACCCUGCUGCCAGCAGGCUAGAGUGGCCAACCCAAACCACAGAUAUAGCGGCUGCCCUUCCCCCCAAGAACUCGGUCCAUCUCUGGCUGUCUCCAGCCUGCUGCCUCUGGCCAGCUGGAAUUCCAAGCCAAUGGGUUUUGUGAGGUGCUGUGGGAGUGGGGCCUCAGAAUGAUGUCACUUGGCUCCCUGGAUUCAGCCCCCUUCCUAGGGGAAUGCACAGAUGUAUCUCCCACUUUGCUGGAAUUCUCAGGGCAGAGGAUGCAAAACUCCUGGGUUUCCACGCAUGCCCCAGUGAGCCAGCGAGCACUCCGCCGAGACCCCACACAGCUCUGUGCUUCAGACCCAAGGCCAUGGCUGAGCUCACCAGGGGACCUCCUGAUCUGCAGGUUGCAAAGAUCCGUGGGAAGAGCAUGGUUUCCCAGGCAGUCACACAAUCACUCACCGCCUCCCUUGGCUGUGAGUGGGGGCUCCCUAGCUCCGUGCCACACCUGGAUGGGCCAUCACCCCACUUGCUUUUCCUCACUCCCUGUGGGCCUAGUGGGCCUAGUCAGUCCCAAUGCAAGAACCUGGAUACCUCAACUCAAGGUGCAGAAUUCACUUGUAGUUUUCAUUGCUCUCCAUGAGAGCCAUGGGCCACAGCUGCUUCUAAUCGGCCAGCUUGGCCCCAUCUAAAGUAUGAUUUCUUAAUACAUGAGAUGUUUUAAGUACAUGACAAUAAUGAUAUUUAUCACAAAUAAUAUUUUAUCUCAAUUUCAUAUAAAAAUUGCUAAUAAAGCAAUUAUUUUUUGGUUACCACAAAGCUAUAUGGAAAUGUAACAUCUGCCAUUUAUAAAAUUUCUGUAGAGUUAAUAGAACUUUUCUUGAAGGGAGGCCGGCAAUAUACAUCAUGAAUUCAAGCACUACCAGUGAAGUUGUGGAGUUUGAAGUGGUACUCACAUCUUGUUACUGGGAUUAUAAAUUCGUACAAACUUUAUCUAAUGUGAUUAAACAAUAUAUACCAAAAUUAUCAGUGGAAAUACUCUCUGAUUCAGCAAUUUCAUUUCCAGAAAUUUACCCUACAGACAUACUCAUGAUGCCUGGAAUUAUGUAUGAAUGGGAGAAAGUAUUAUACCACCUUUUUCAUUAACAAAAGUCUGGAAAUCACCUUAAUGUUUAUCAGUCACAUUAAUGAUUAUCACCUUACUGUGUAUUGAAAUUAUUGUUAUUCAUAUGAUAGCAUACUAUGCAGCUAUUUAAAAAAAUAAAUUUUAAAAGGAUGCUCAAAAAUGAUGUCCAAUAUAUGUUACAAAGUAAAAACCCUGGGUGCAGAGCCAUGUGUCUGAUAUGCCUCCAUUCCUAUAAAAUCAGAGUGUGUAGAAAUGCAUAGAAUAUCUCUAUUAACUGGUAACUGUUACAAAAUUCAAAGUUAAUGCAGGCAAGACCUUUCUUUUUAAUGCUAACACUCCAAGGAACUGCACAACAUUUGAGGAUUUCCAACACAUGCCAAUCUACCUUUGAACCUACAGAUUUUAGGAAAUGAGGCUCUUGAAAAAUCAAGCAUUAAUAUUCCUAGCUACGGUUGUUUGGGACAUAAUUAGAAUUAUCCAUUCUUUGAAAGUUUGUAAAAUUUGCUCAUACAACCGUCUGGGCCUAGUCCUUCCUUUGUGAAAGAUUUUAUUUUACUAGAGAUUUUAUUUUCUUCACAUUAUAGUACUUCUUAGGUUUUCUAUUUCUUCUUGAUUCUUGAGUCAAUUUUGGUACCACUUUGUACCCCACAGGGUGCUUGGGCUCAGAACACAUCAGUCAAAGAAAGAGAGAAGAAAGGAAGGCAGGAAGGCAGGGUGAAAGGAAGGAAGGAAGAAGGAAGGAGACAAGGAAAGAGAGAGAAGGAAGGAAAGAAUGAGAGAAGGAAGGAUGGAGGGAGAGAAAGAUGGAAAGAGAGAAAGAAGGAAAUGAGAGAGAGAGAAGGAGAGAAGGAAGGAAGGAGGGAGAGAAAGAGGGAAAGGGAAAGAAGGAAAGAAACAAGGAAGCAGGGAGGGAGAGAAAGAGAAAGGGAGAGGAAGGAAGGAGGGAGAGAAAGAGGAAGGGAGAGGAAGGAAGGAGGGAGAGAAAGAGGGAAAGGGAAAGAAGGAAGGAAAGAAACAAGGAAGCAGGGAGGGAGAGAAAGAGGAAGGGAGAGGAAGGAAGGAGGGAGGGAGGGAAAGGAGACAGGGAGGGAGAGAGGGAGGGAGGGAGGAAAAGAAAGAAAGAGAGAAAGGUGAAAGGUGGGGACGGGAAGGGAAGAGGAGCUAGCCACAGGCUACAGGCUGUUUGUUCACUCUUUUACUUGACCCAAGCAGUUCUGCCUUUUAAAUAUUCCACCUUCUGCCAUGAGUUACACUGUUCAAUAUUCAUUUCUGAGAGCAUUCAAAGGUCUAUGUGUGCCGUGCCAUGAUGGACCAUGGCUUCAGCUCUCAAACACAACCCUCAGCCAAAAUAUUCAUGACUGUUCCCUCCCAUAUACUCAUCAAUCCCCCAUGCUAUGGUCUGCAUGUGUCCCCCAGAGCUCACGUGUUGGAAACUUAAUCCUCUAUAUGACAGUGUUGAGAGGCGGGGCCUAAUAAGAGUGAUUAGGUUAUAAGAUUCUGCCCCCAUGUAUGGAUUAAUGUCAUUAUCUCAGGAGUGGGUUAGUUAUCUUGGGAGUGGGCUUGUAUUAAAAGCAUGUUCAGCCCCUUUUGCUCUCUUUCUUUCUCAAACUCUUGCUCUUCUGCCUUCAGCCAUGAGAUGACACAGCCAGAAGGCCCUCACCAGAUGCAGACCCCUCAUCCUUGGACUUCCUAGCCUCCAGAACUCUAAGAAAUAAAUUUCUUUUCUUUAUA